CGCAGUUAAUCCUGAGAUGCUAUCGCUGUUAGUUAUUUUCUCUAAUCAGGAGCUAGACCAAAGUUAUGGUUCUGCAGUAAGCACAUCAUGUUCAAACAUGUCUUCACCAACACAACAAACCACAGUUAUCACUUUAUGAUAAAAUGAUGGCCGACAAGCGUGAAGAAGAAGAGAGACUCCAAACUGCUGAGUGUCAAAGACUGCAGAUGGAGAUUGAAGCUAACAAAGAGCGAGAAGAAAAUGAGAAACCUGAAAUAGAAGAAGAACUACAGAGGAGAGAUGAAGCUAUGAAAGAGAGCAAACGACGGAAAAAUGUUGUUAUUCUAGAAAAUAACGCCAAGACAGAUCCAGCGGCUCAGAGUGCAAAAACAAAAGAUCCUGACACCGGCUCAACGAAGGAAGUGCCACUUCAAAGAAAAAGAUCUGGGAGUUCCACGGCACCCACACAAGCUUUCCCGUCGCCCAAGAAAACAGAGAGAAUGCCUCCUGGCUACAAUGUCAUGAGACGAAGGCGGAGCUCUAAAAGGCUGGGUAAUGAAUCCUUCACAGGGACACGAGUGAUCCACUUCACCAUCAGAGGGAAGCAUAUCGUACAUUGUGGAAAAUGCCUUGGUCAGGGAUCAUCUGGUUCUAAAGUUUACAGUGGCAUGAACAUCACCACGGGAGAUCUUGUGGUAGUGUGUGAAUGGAUUUUGUCGUCCCUUCAUGCAGGACCUCAGAUGCGACGCACGCUGAGUAUCACUGAGAACCAGCAACAAGAUCCACAAGCUAGGCUCAUGAAACAGGUGUUCAGUAUAAAGCAGGAGACUUUGUCCUUAAUCAAACGCCUCAGUCAUCCAAACCUGACACACUAUUUAGCCGUUAAUGUCCAGGAAGAAUCUCCUACUGUCAAAGUCCAGGUUUUGUCAGAAUACGUUGGUGGUGGCGAUCUCAGUUUGCACCUCAGAAAAGGAGGGAUGCCUGUGGCUCAGCUACGAGAAUACACUCAGCAACUUGUGGAAGCCUUGUGCUAUCUUCACAGCGGGGCUGUGGUCCAUAAGGACUUGAAAUUAUCUAGUUGCCGCCUUGACUCUGACGGAAAUAUUCGACUGGCCGAUUACAGUGUUGGGAAAAGGUUGUCGGAUCUAUGCCAAAUGUAUGGUGGGAAUGUGAAAGAAACACAGAGUAACGCUGCAGACGGAACCAAAAAAAUAACUUCUGGUUGCGGAAAGAAAGGAGAUGUCUACAAUUUGGGCCUACUUGUUCUCUCUUUGGCUGUCGGAGAUGUAAUUGGCUUUGGAGACGUGAAAGAAAUAUCUCCUUCAUUGCCGUCGGAUUUGCGAGACUUCCUUUUCUAUUGCUUAAAGACCGUUAAAAGAGACCGGUGGUCCGCAUCUCAGCUACGCGAACAUUCAUUUUUAACCUCUAUCAUGUACGGUAGUUUAGCGAACGGUCAACAGGAAGUUGCAAAGAACAAUGGAAAGGCAGGGAAUGAUGGGCCAUCACACUUGGUUGACCAACCGGAACGCGAAGAGCCUCUACCUUGCGUCUCAUUCAUCUCGGGAGUUCCUGGACAAUCCCGAGUAGAAUGCGAAUUUGAGAAGCUGCAGUUUCUCGGGAGAGGAGGUUUUGGAAGUGUCAUUAAGGUGCGAAAUAAGCUGGACAACUGCUCUUACGCUGUGAAGCGGAUUCCUUUGAAUCCAAAGAGUACUCAGUUAAACAAGACGAUCAUACGAGAGGUACAGCUGAUCAGCCGUCUGAAUCACGAAAACGUCGUUAGAUAUUACAGUUCCUGGAUCGAAAUCGCUGAGGACGUAGAAGACUCCUGGUGGCAAGACGAUGAAAAAGGGGAUAGCAAGGGGUUUAAAGGAAAUAUUGAAGUGUCGGUUCUUCAUUCUGGAGAUCUUUUAGACACAGAGUCCGAAGGUUCUGAUGAAGGAGUGGAACGGCAGGAAACUGGAAACGAGUCCAGUGCAGAAUACGCGAGACUGCAGUACUUGUACAUCCAGAUGGAGUACUGUGAGAAGAGCACCUUAAGGAACCUUAUUGACGAGGGCUUGCAUGGAGAUAGGGAGCGAAUAUGGAGGCUUUUCAGAGAGAUCGUUGAGGGCCUGGUACACAUUCACUCUCAGGGUAUUAUUCACCGGGAUCUUAAGCCCGUAAACUUGUUCCUAGAUUCUCGCGGCCGCAUCAAAAUAGGCGACUUUGGCCUCGCAACCACGCACGGCGUGACACGCGGAGGCAUGGGCACUUACAACCCAGAUUCUAUCGCUAGUGGUCAGUCUCCCAAGAUGAACUCAAGCUCUAAGGAGAGUAUGACAGGCGAAGUUGGUUCGACGCUGUACGCGGCUCCGGAGUUGAAAAAACAGUCUGGCGGUCGAGUGAAGUACAGUCAAAAGGUUGACUUGUAUAGUUUAGGGAUUAUCUUCUUUGAGAUGUGUUACAAGCCUUUCACAACCUGUAUGGAGAGGAUUAAAGUUUUGGGCAAUUUACGAACGGAAGGAAUCAUCUUCCCAACUGAUUUUGACCAUGAGGGUCUCGCCAGGGAAACGAUCUUCCUCAAGUGGCUCCUCAAUCAUACCCCCGAGGAACGCCCUACCUCACAAGAACUACUUCAAGACCCCUUAGUCCCGGCUAAGACAAGAGAUAGUUACUUGGACGAAGUGCUCAAAAGUACGCUCACUCUACGAGCUCUACUCUAUGAGAAAGGCCUUUUUUUGUUUUGAAACGUGGAUUUAGUUCAAGACAUAACUGACGAUAUUGAACUUUACAUGAGACAGUUUUCACCACAUGCUCUCCUUGUGCAGCAGAUGGUUCACGAAAGCGUGAAAUCCGUGAUUUUGAGACACGCCGCGUUACGUGCCCCUCGCACGGAGUUAUUUGAACAGUUGGAAUUAGCUGUUAGCGUCAUGGACCACAGUGGCACACUUGUUACGCUCCCUUUUGAUCUCAGGAUACCGUUUUCGCGUUAUAUCGCGCGAAAUGGGGUCGUGAACAUGAAAAGGUUCGAUAUCGGAUGCGUGUAUCGGAUGCGUGUAUCAGACAAGACGUUUCUGGGCGCCCACCCCAAGUAACUUUACAAGUGUGUAUUCGUUACAAGCUUACCGAAAGACCUUGUGCCCGACGCCUAGGUUUUGUCUGCGGAUACCACCGCCACAGGUAGAGUAGAUGCUCCUACCCUCGAAGUUAGGGCAUCUCCUGCUCGUGCGCAUCCUGCGGAUAAUGCCAAUGUUAAAGGGGAAGGAUGCGCAGUUGGUCUCUCGGAGAAUUCAUCAGCUUUGGGAAGAUGGAUGGUGGCUGGUCCUGAGCUCUCCAGGAUGAUUCAAGAGUUCGAAGGUAGCAAAAAUCAAACAGAGGAAAAUGAACAUCAUGAGCAAAAGUCAGUGGCUAGUACUCUUCCAACAGAUGAGCUCUGGAUCACCUAUGGAUCUAGAAAGAAUGUACAGAAUAUCCCAGCAGUGUCCCUGGGUCCUGAUAAAGCGUCGACCCUAUCAAUGUUCUAUGCACCAAAUGGGUGUGAUACUGUUUCGUCUUUUAGAGGGCGUGGAAAAAAAAACGGCUCGGGAUGUGUGGAACUUGUUUUCAUAACUGACACCAGUGCUAAAAGUCCUCAAAGCAUCACCGCAAGAGAUCGCAGUGGAAUGCGUGGCCGUGCUUGA